AUGGACCGAUCCAUAUUUAUUUCUCUAGCACUAACCUCACUCUUGAUCGGAGUCGUCUCAGCUCGUGACUGGAACAUCUUGAACCAACUCAAAGGACUCGGUUCUUCUUCAAGCCAAAACGGUGUCGGUUCUUCAAACCUCUCGACGAACCUGAAACGGUACUGUGAAAGCUGGAGGAUCAACGUGGAAGUUCACAACAUCAGAAACUACGAUGUAGUGCCUCAGGAAUGCGUGGCUCACGUGGAGAAGUACAUGACGUCAUCUCAGUACGAGGAUGACGUGGAGAGAGCCGUUGAUGAGGUCAUUCUUCAUUUCGGAAGCAAGUGUUGUAGUAAGACUAAGUGUGAUGGUAUGGAUGCUUGGAUCUUUGAUAUUGAUGACACGCUUCUCUCUACCAUACCUUACCACAAGAAAAAUGGCUUCUUCGGAGGAGAGAAAUUGAACACUACGAAAUUCGAGGAUUGGAUUAAGAAGAAGAAAGCACCGGCGGUUCCACAUAUGGUGAAAUUGUACCACGAGAUCAGAGAAAGAGGAAUCAAGAUUUUCUUGAUCUCUUCCCGGAAAGAAUAUCUCCGAUCUGCCACCGUCGACAACCUCAUCCAAGCCGGUUAUUAUGGUUGGUCCAACCUACUCCUCAGGGGCAUAGAAGAUGAGCAAAAGGAAGUGAAACAGUACAAGUCAGAGAAGAGGACAUGGCUUAUAAGUCUUGGUUACAGAGUUUGGGGAGUGAUGGGAGACCAAUGGAGUAGCUUUGCAGGUUGUCCUCUUCCCAAGAGAACCUUCAAGCUCCCUAACUCCAUCUACUAUGUCGCCUGA